AUGAGCACAUGGAUUUUAAUACUGCUCUUCAUAAGUGACUUACACAUUAUUGAAAUAUCUGCCCAUAAAGGUAGAUUUUACAGGAUUCAUAUAGUAAGUGGUACUCCAGCUCCUCCCCGAAAGUUUCCCAUGGCAGCUCGACUUGGCCAUCACAGCUCUACUAAGAACCAAACCAUGUGGUUCUGUGGAGGAACGUUGCUAAGUAACCAAGUCGUUUUAACAGCUGCUCACUGCUUUUAUUCUGAUGUCGGAACAGUGAAUAUUGUGCGUCUCGGAGAGCUAGUUUUCGAUAGCAACACGGACGAUGCCGAGCCGGAGGACUUUGAAGUUCUUGAAAUUAAGGCCCACCCGGACUUCCGCUAUCCAAUUCUCUACAAUGACAUUGGGGUAGUUCGUUUGCGUAGACAAGUAACCUUUAGCCGUUACAAGCGGCCCGCCUGCCUGCCUUUGAAUGACGGAAACCAGCAAGAUGUCUUCACUGCCAUAGGAUGGGGUCAAAAGAAAUUUAUCGAGCUUGAGCCGUCCAAGGAACUGAUGGAAGUGGAGCUGAGAAACUAUAAUCAGUCCUGCCGAAGGACCAUGGAGGCGAAUGAGGAGUUGCCCAACGGAUAUAAUGCGGAGUCGCAGUUGUGCGUUGGUUCCCCGGGCCACGAGGACACUUGCAAUGGGGACUCGGGAGGUCCUCUGCUGAUUGCCCAUACUGGAAAUGGGUGCCAAUAUCAAGUCAUGGGUAUCACGUCGGUAGGAGUCGCUUGUGAUACUCCGAACAUUCCCAGCUUGUACACUAGGGUUCAUUUUUACCGGGGUUGGAUUUUAGGACAAUUGGCAUUACCAUAAAUAAAUUUAAAAAAUUUAUUAAUUCCCAGCUUAUAUACGAGAGUGCAUUUUUACCGAAAUUGGAUU